GCGACAGAAAGAAGCUACAGAAAGUGCCGAGAAUAUUGAAACUCUGUUGGCAAAACGAAGGGAAACAUGGCAAGAAAGGACUGCAGAAGCUAAAGGGAAGAAAAAAGAGUAUGAUAGACAGUAUUAUUAUGAUAAAAUGCAAAAUAUGACUGAAGACGAACGAACAAAUAGGCUACAAAGGAGAAAAGAAGACCGAGCAUCCAAAACAGUUGAUGAGCGUGCAAAAAUACUUAAAAUUUUGCGAGCAACUUUCAACACAUCAAUUGCAAGUGAAAAUGACCAAGAACGGAAAGAUAGACUUGCUGAGGAGAGAAAAGAAAGAGAUGAAGCAAAUGAGCAGUUGAGUAUGUCUGUAGAUCCAACAGUUAGUGUAGAUAUAUCUCAUUCUGUUUCUGAAGUAGACGAGAAAACUGGGUCUGUUCAUGAAGCAGAGCCAGAGGGGGUAAGUAGAAAUGAAUAUUUACACGAGGGUGGUUGCCAAAAUGUUGACAACCCUCUGCAUGAGCUAGAGUUUGUACAAAAUGAAAUGCACAGUUUUCAUUUAGAUCAAGAACAUUUAGAGCAUCGACAAUGUACAAUGUGUAAAGAAGCUUGGCCGACACGGCAGAACUUGGCAUCAGAAGUAUAUAUUUGUUACCGGUGCAAGAGAGACAAGAAAUCACCCAAGAAAUUUAGUGCGGAGAAUGACAUGGACCCAGGAACAGUUCCUGAACAAUUGAGAGGUUUGACACAGGUAGAAGAAAUGUUAAUUUCAAGGGUUUGCCCCAUUAUGAGAGUGUAUAGAAACAUGGGGGUUAGAGGGGGUAUAAAGGACAUGUACUUAACUUGCCUCAAGAUAUUCAAAGUUUCUUGAAUAGGUUGCCUUCUCGUAUGGCAAACUUGCCUGUUUUGAUUGUGCGAAAACAUGGUGCAGAAGACACACAUCAAGACUUUACUGUACGUCGACACAAAGUUCUUGAGGCUGUGUUAUGGUUAAAGACAAACAAUCCGUUCUUUAAAAAUAUUGAAAUUGAUAGAGAUGUCAUCCAAAGUUUACCAGAAAAUGGUAUUCCUGAUGAGCUAAG